AUGAGAUUUACUACUCUUAAGAUUUUCUUGGCAUUGUUUACAGCUGUUGUGUCCGCUCAAUCCUCACCUUUUUAUAUUACUAAUCCUAUCCAAGGCUCAAGUUUUAAGGCUGGUUCUAUUGCUACGAUUACUUGGUUGAAUGGUACACCUGGUAAUGCCACCGUUUAUGUGUUGACUGGUAAUAAUCCUACCUCCAUGACAAUCACUGGAAUUAAAUUUACUAUCAAUGGUCAAGAUGGCAAGUACAACUGGAAGGUGCCUACUGAUUUACCUCAAAAUGCUACAUAUUCAUUAAUGAUUUCUUAUCCCACAGAAAAUGGUAACACUGCAACCGCGUACUCUAGCUCUUUUACUGUUACUAGCUCAGCUGGAUCUGCAGCUUCUCAAUUGCCCGCUAGCUCUGCCGUUUCUAAUGCAUCUAGUGUUAUAGUAUCAUCUACAGCAAUUUCUUCUUCUGCCUCUUCUACAACUAUCGUCCUUACCGCUUUUUCUUCUUCUAUUCCUAAUACCUCAGCCAGUGCUACUGGUGCUAGCUCUAGUGCUGCUAUUACUCAACCCGCUACUACUACACCUCGUCCCAGUAGUGAUACUAUAUCAAGACAUAAGGCAUCAUUUACUAUCAUUAGCUGUAUGAUCGCUUUAAUUGCUUAUGUUCUCUACAUGUAA